AAUAGUGAUUUUAAAAGCCUUGAAGCCUGCACAACGAUCGUGGGCAGGAGGCGGUUUUUCGUUUGUUGGGGUGUGUGUAUGUGUUUGGGUGUACUGAAGGGGUACGCGGGGGCAAAAUAGAAUCGGCCAUGGCAGCGGCGGAGGAGGAGGACGGGGGCCCCGAAGGGCCAAACCGCGAGCGGGGCGGGGCGGGCGCGACCUUCGAAUGUAAUAUAUGUCUGGAGACUGCUCGGGAAGCUGUGGUCAGUGUGUGUGGCCACUUGUACUGUUGGCCCUGUCUUCAUCAGUGGCUGGAGACACGUCCCGAGCGGCAAGAGUGCCCAGUGUGUAAAGCUGGGAUCAGCAGAGAGAAGGUUGUGCCACUUUAUGGGCGAGGGAGCCAAAAGCCCCAGGAUCCCAGAUUGAAAACUCCACCUCGUCCUCAGGGCCAGCGACCCGCUCCAGAGAGCAGAGGGGGAUUCCAGCCAUUUGGUGAUAUUGGGGGCUUUCACUUCUCAUUUGGUGUUGGUGCUUUUCCUUUUGGCUUUUUCACCACCAUCUUCAAUACCCACGAACCUUUCCGCGGAGGCACAGGUGUGGAUCUGGGACAGGGCCACCCAGCCUCCAGCUGGCAGGACUCCCUCUUCCUGUUUCUCGCCAUCUUCUUCUUUAUCUGGUUGCUCAGUAUUUGAGCUGUGUCUCCUUCCUGCCCACCUCCAGUCAGAGGAAAAUCAGUAUUGGGGUCCCUUUUGACCUUCCUUA